AUGUCAAGGUGUUGCUAUGAAGGAUGCGACAAUAUUUACCAGCCCUGUUCACGGGUAACAUUCUUCAAUUUACCCAAAGAUGAAAAGCGUCGUACGCUGUGGAUUGCAAAUUCCGGGAAUAAGCACCUCAUGAAUGAGUACAAGAAGAAUAAAAACAUCCGGAGGCUCUUCUGUGAGCAUCACUUCCGGGACGUUCAGAAGAAAUGUCAAUUUAAUCGUACAAUCCUCCGCCGGGAAGCUAUUCCCACGCCCUAUGACAGAGAACUUGCAGCUGAAUUCCUGAGAAAUGGUGAAGAUCCUGAGCAGGAUCCACUAUCCCAGGAGCUUCCGGAUGAAAUUUCGUAUGAUGAAAAGGACGCUGCUGAUGAGGAUUCAGCGAAGAAUCAAGUUCCCAUUGCUGUUGUCUCACCUGUUUCGCCACAAAUUGUCUUUCUCGAGGAAAUUGAACUGGAUGACUUUGAGGGGAAUUUCAAUGAAGCCACCACAUCUCCCUUGGAGGUCUCUGAUGUGGAUACACCAGAAGCUGAUCAGCAAAUUGAAGCAGUUAGCAAUCUCAUAAAAACCUACGUGAGGACAAAACCCUUCCACAAGCUCCGUCAGGAAUCACCAGCAGUGGCGCCAAAAUCUCCGAGGAAACAAAUCCAUUCCAGAUGCACGAGGAUACAGCCUCACGAAAGUCCAGCAGAGGCAUCUUCACCACUUCCUGCACAAGAUGUCAUCACGUGGGAGGAAAAUGAGCGCACGGAAGCUCUCCCUGCAGCCCCUUCAAGUCGAUCCAGUAUUGAAGUAAUUGAAAUUCAAUCAGAUGAAUCCUCGGGACAGGAGGAUGAUAAGUAUUUUGCUCUCUCCCUCCUGGAGCCACUCCGAAAACUACUUCCGGAACAGCGUGCUAUUGCAAAAAUGAAUAUUUUGCGGUAUUUGCUGGAACUGGAAGUUGGCAAGAAGACUGCAACUCUCUGAGACGGAGUUUUGUUCUUUUAAAUAAAUAUAUCGAGGGGUAA